CUUCAGCAUCACCUGACCACCUUCCAUCCACGACCAGCACUACUGUGCCCUUGAACUCUGAAAAGUAGAGACUUGCGUACGCGAUCCUUCCGGGUGCAACCGAUCCGAGAACCUCCACUUUCACGUCCACACCAAGGCACCAGCUGCGUACUGGCGCGUGUGAAACAGUUCUGGCCAGUGGAAGGCUACGCCAGCUUUGAUCAUUAUCCGACCAUUCCCGAGCGGUUUUCCAUAAAAGUCACACACCCGCAUGCGAGCCACCUUUCUUCUCCGCUCAUAUAGGAUCUCAACGACGACUCUUCGACCUACCACCAGCAAUCUACCACGGCAACACAUUCGAACAAUGACCAAACAAUCCGCUCAACAAGCGCAACAGCCCGAGAUUCUCGGGACGGAAGAGUACAAGACGGACGCCAAAUGGUUGAAGCUUGAGAAGAUCAAUUGGAAAGACCAAGAUGGAAAAGAGCGAGCUUGGGAGGUUGCCAACAGGUCCACCAGGCCCAAGGGCGGAGUAGAUUCGGUACAUAUCCUUGCGCUCCUUCACCACCCCAAUAAGCCUACUUCCACAAUCUUCAUCGAGCAGUACCGCCCUCCUGUGGCAUCUACUGUCAUCGAGCUUCCUGCCGGGUUAAUUGACGAAGGAGAGGACGCUGCCACAUCAGCCCUGCGAGAGCUGCACGAAGAGACAGGUUAUGGUGGUGGGAAACACGGGGGCGAGGCUAAAGUCGCCCAUAUAUCUUCAGUGCUCGCCAAAGAUCCCGGAAUGACGGGGGCAAAUAUGUAUCUGGUGACGAUCGAUGUGCAUCUGAGUGAGAAUGAUCCGGAGCCUGAGCAGCACCUCGACGAUGUAGGUACUCUGGCCGUCCUCUCGAAAAACCCUGCGGAUGAACGGAAGGUUGACUUGGUAUCAGGGCGAGCACAUUGUGAGGAAAGUAGUCCCUCUCAAAUACCUCAUCAGGCAUCUUCAAGGUACGCUAUCUUCUUUAUUGAUUUGAGCUGCAUGUCUAAUAAUACAUGCUCGUACAGACUACGCCAGAAGAGGCUACACAGUCGACACUAUUCUAGCUUCUAUUGCUACCGGCUGGGAGCUCCAUCGUCGCUUCGAAUCUGAAUAGUGAUCCUUGAAAGGAAAAAGACAAGUGAUGGUUCUGAGAAAUCGUUUGAAGAGGAAAUGUGAUGUUUGUAUUGCCUUUCCUUUGACUGAUGGAAGAAGCGCAAUGAGAAUGCAUGUCAUUUCUAUCA